AAGAAGCGGCCAUUUUGUUAGACGUUUGAAGGCAAGGGAGAUUAGCGUACGCCAUUCAUAUAUUUUUUUUACCCUCACAAAUUGGAGGUGUGAUUACACCGGUUCUUAUACUUUAUCAAGGAUAAUUUAUUUCGCUAACAGGGUCGACCUCGUUUUUAAAGCAGUAAAGAAGAUAGGCCAAUAUUUGUUUAUCAUAUGCGUUUGAGCUCUUGCUAGCCAUUCAUGUUGCAAGCGUGUGCGGCGUUUAUUAGCCAGCAACAUAGGGCCCUUUCAGCUCUCAUGGCCACCAUCUAUCGAUUUUUUUUAAACAGACGUCUGUCCCGUGAACGCACAAAUUAGCUAUACUUGUUGCCGUUCAGUCAGCUUGUUUUACCUAAAUUAGAUUAGAAACUCAUUGGAAUAUCGCUUUGGCUUUGUUGGCUGGCUUGCUAACAAUCGACACAACCCCGCGUGCGCCAUCAGCUUUCAACGUGAAUUAGCCAUUAGCUAGCUUGCUACGUCCUAAUCUAACUCCGAGACCAUGGCGGAGUUGUACAUUCGCGUGGCAGAGGAUGAAAACGAAGAGCCAAUGGAGAUUCCAUCUGAGGAUGAUGGGACGGUUUUGCUGUCAACAGUAGCAGCUCAGUUUCCCGGAGCGUGCGGCCUACGUUACAGGAACCCUGUGUCUCAGUGCAUGCGAGGCGUCCGUCUAGUUGAGGGUAUCUUGCAUGCACCUGAGAAUGACUGGGGUAGUCUGGUGUACGUCGUCAACUACCCAAAAGAUAACAAAAGGAAAAUGGAUGAAAUGGAUGCUGCCUCUGCGGUUAAAAUGAAGCGGGGUAUCGAGAAAACAUCAGACCUCAUUAUCCUUGGGUUGCCUUGGAAAACAUCUGAGCAAGAUUUGAAAGACUACUUCGCCACUUUUGGAGAAGUCAUCAUGGUGCAGGUCAAAAGAGAUGUUAAGACUGGGAACUCAAAGGGUUUUGGCUUUGUUCGGUUCACUGAGUACGAGACUCAAUCCAAAGUGAUUUCUCAGCGACACAUGAUUGACGGAAGAUGGUGUGACUGCAAACUACCCAACUCUAAGGCAGGUCCCGAUGAGCCCAUGCGCAGCCGUAAAAUAUUUGUUGGCCGCUGCACAGAGGACAUAACCACUGAUGAGCUCCGGCAGUUCUUCAUGCAGUAUGGUGAGGUCACCGACGUCUUCAUUCCCAAACCCUUCCGAGCGUUCGCCUUUGUCACUUUCGCAGACGACCAGGUUGCCUCAGCCCUGUGUGGAGAGGACCUGAUCAUCAAGGGCGUCAGUGUGCAUAUCUCCAACGCCGAGCCUAAGCACAAUAAUAGUAGGCAAAUGAUGGAUCGUGGUGCCGGUGGGUUCGGGGGCCAGGGCUAUGGCGGUGGUCGUGGAGGGCUAGGGAGCAGUGGCAGUAGCGGGGUGAAUUUCGGGGGGCUUAGCCUUAACCCAGCCAUGAUGGCCGCCGCUCUGCAGAGCAGCUGGGGCAUGAUGGGUAUGCUGGCUAACCAGCAAGGUCAGACCAAUGCGGCAGGCACCACCGCCGCCGGGCAGACCAGUGCCAACCGAGAUCAGAGCCAGGCCUAUAGCUCUAGCAGCACCAGUUACAGCAGCCCCAGCUCAGCUAGUCUAGGGUGGGCUGCAGGCACCAACUCUGCCUCCAGCAGUGGGUUCAGCUCUGGCUUUGGGACCUCUAUGGAGUCAAAGUCAUCAGGUUGGGGAAUGUAGAAAGCUUUGAUUUAAAGUCCUAUUUCUAGAUUAAUCUGGUAAGUAUUUUGAGGGGCAAGAAAGAGUUAGUCAUAUCUUAUCUCCCUGCUAUUUAAAACUAUAUUGCCUUUCAUUUUGUUAAAGACAUUUGAAUAUUCAUAUGUUUGUGUGUGUGACUAAUUAUGUAGGAAAUGAGUGCACAGAGUGGUUGAAGUGUAUAGUUCUUUAGUGGUAAACUGCUACACUACCUGUCAUUUUUUGUUUUUCUUGAGAAAAAGUUAUUUUGUAUUAGACAUGAGAUGACUCUGCAUGCUAAGUAGGUAUUUCUGAGAUGCACGAGUAUCACGAAAGCCCCCCUCAACCACCUGUAUGUGAUUAAAUGGUCUUGAAUUGGGCUUGAGGUUUAAUCUCAAUGCAGUUGAUGGUAUCUUUUUUGUUUGCCGUUUUAUGGAAACGCCUUCAUGAAAAUCUCUUCAACAGUUAACCAACUCUUUUCGAAUUUCCCGGGAAGAAGCCCCUCGUUGGCAGUAAUGUUCGACCGAACUCAGUAUCAGUACCCCUCUUCCCAUGUGUAAAUGCUUUGCCAUCAAAAGACACAGCUUCACUCUGCAUAUACUGUGUUAGACGGUGGGUGUUGUCUUUUUUCUCCCCUUUUCAUGGAUCUAAAAAUCUUGUCAGCUUCAUCACUUGAGAACAAUGCGAUUGGUAGUGGCCAAAGAGUGAGAGACUGAGUGCGCGAACGGGGGAAAAGAAGUGUGAAAAGGACUGGUUGUGCGAUGCUAAAGAGCCAGUUGUCUGCGAGAGUUGUGAAGAACCUGUGGCUUUGUGCGAGUGUGAAAGGAAGAAGUGUGUUCCAUAUGACCAUCAAAAGGACAUUCAUCGCAUCUUGAGAUCCCUAAGGUCUCCUUUCUCUAUUUCUAUCAAGCUUAAUCUUAAGCACAGUGGAAUGUUUAGCGCUAAGAAUAUUUGUAUCCUUUCUUGCUGUCUGAUUUGAUGUGAAUGCUGUAGGGUGUGUGUUCUUUAUUUUCUCCUUGUUCCUACACCUUUCUGUGUGAAAAUGUGACCUGCUGUUGGUGGUUGUCUGUGUUGAGAGCACUGGGGGAGAUUGGAGGAUUGUGUGACGUUGCACGUGAACUCAGUGUGUCUUAAGAGGGUGAAGUGGCGAGCGUUUGACGAGUCCCUAUUGACAUUUUGUGUUAAGUGUUUUUGAAUGCAUUUUAUAUGUUUUGUGAAUCAAAGGGAAUUCUCAAAUAAAACUAAAUUUGACUAGG